AUGGCGGCGGCCGCCGCCUUCCUGCCGCCCAGCCAUGCGCCCAGCACGCCGACGGCCGCCCCCGCCAACGCGCAGCACCGCCACUCGGCGUCGUCGGCGUCCUCGCACUCGUCCGAGUCGUCCACGUCGUCGCUGCCGACGUACAGCUUCGAGGAGCAGUUUAAACAGGUGCGGCAGUUAUACGAAAUCAACGAUGACCCGAAGAGAAAGGAGUUCCUGGACGACCUGUUCAGCUACAUGCAGAAGCGAAACACGCCGAUCAACCGGUUGCCCAUCAUGGCCAAGAGCGUGCUGGACCUGUACGAGCUGUACAAGCUGGUGAUUGCCCGGGGCGGCCUGGUGGACGUGAUCAACAAGAAGCUCUGGCAGGAGAUCAUCAAGGGCCUCCACCUGCCCUCCUCCAUCACGUCGGCCGCCUUCACGCUCCGGACGCAGUACAUGAAGUACCUCUACCCCUACGAGUGCCAGAAGAUGCACCUGUCGACGCCGGCCGAGCUGCAGGCCGCCAUCGACGGCAACCGGAGGGAAGGGCGCAGGUCGUCGUACGGCACGUACGCCGAGAUGGUGCAGCGGAACCCCUCGCAGAUGUCGCCGCUCAGCCUGGUGACGCAGGGCGGCCGCCUCCUCAACGGCAACGGCCACUACAACCACAACCACCAGCUCCUGCCGCCCCCUGGCUCAGGCCCCACCCCCGCCGAGCUGGAGACCAGGAUGGCGGAGUACAUGAAGCUCAUCAGCAAGGAGCUGCGCAGCAACGCGGGCACGCCGCCGCUGUCCCGGCAAGGUUCGCCACCCACGUCGCCGCGCGAGGCGGCCAUGUCGGCGCUGGAGAUGUCGCGGCUCACGCUGUGGAACCUGUACAGCAACAACAGCCUGGGCGCGGGGCUGGGCGCCGGCCUGGGCGCCGCGGGCGCGCUGGGGUCGCUGGGUUCCCUCGGCUCCCUCGGCGGCGGCCUCGCGGGCCCGGGGCUGGGCGGGCACGGCAACGCCACCGCCAACCUCGACGCCGACCACCCCGAGCACCCCGCGCACCCCGCCAACGCGGAGCCCCAGCGCGAGGCGCUCAACCUCGGCGUGCAGCGCCAGCAGCAGCGCGACCUCCUCCGGGCACAGCGCGAGCGCGAGAGCCGGGAGCGGGAACGGGAGCGCGAACGCGAACGGGAGCGGGAACGGGAGCGAGAGAGGGAGCGGGAGCGCGAACGGGAGCGCGAGGCCACCAUCAAGCGAGAGCCCGAGGAGGCCUUCCAGCCCGUGGCCAAGAGGCCGCAUGUGGAGCGCGACGAGUCCCCCAGCCCCGUCAAGGUGGCCAGCCUCGCCAGCGGCCUCGCCACCGGCCUGGGCACCCACAUCAAGAUCAACAGUAGAGGCGACGGCCGGCCCGGCCAGGACAACUCCCUCGUGGUCAGCAUGGACAUCAACGGCAUCAUGUACCAGGGGGUGCUGUUCGCCCAGCAGGCCGCGGCGCGCACGUCCAGAGUCUCCUAGAUCCAAAGCUGCUUUACGCGACGGCCCAAGGCCAGUAGUCCGGCUUCAAAUUUCAUUCAUCCUUCGUUUAUAUUUAUCUUGGCUUCAGAUUGGUAGACUCCUGACGCGCUGCCACACUCAAAGCAGUGUGGCGUAGAAUAUGUGAUGGGCUGUACAUAGUGUUUUGUUGGUUGGUCUUUACAAGUCCACUUUUACUGUUGAACUUUGAAACCGGACUACAAAAUGCAAUGUUGUUUCGUUAAUUAGAAAAUUCAUGUUUGUGUCUGUGUGUUUGUGAGAUUGUAUGUGUGUAUGUAUGUAUGAAUGAAUGGAUGAGUGAAUGUAUGUUGGUUGAACAGUGCAAUUGAUUGUAAAUACUUCGCUUUAGAACCCCACCUUUUAAUUUUGUUACAUUCAUCAGGCGAAUGCCAUGAUGUUUUCAAAGAGUAGUGUAAGUUUCUUGCAAGUGUGAAUUUUCAAAAUAGCUUGGGUGGGUAUCUUUUUGCCAUGGAUUAUGAGAUGUCUCCAUUUUUUAAGUAGCUGGGAAAGUAUUGAAUGUCAUGAAAGACUUGGCUCCCCUUGCCAUGAGGACCGAAAGAUGGAAGUAAAAUGACAUUAUUCUGCUUUGCCCUAGUUCUCUCUCCAUUUUCCUCUAAAUAUUCUAAACUAGUGAAAAAUAGUAAAUUAUGUAGACAAAACAUUGUUAUAGCCAAAUAGUUCCAUUAUUCUCUAGCUGACUCCACCAAUUGGUGGUGAAAUGGAUUGGCCUUGCCCUAUUUUACUUUAAGCACUGGCUCCAAGGUCAUGUCAUGGAGUUUGUAUUAUUUAAUUGUUUUCGAGGUUUUGUUGAAGAGGAUGAUCUCAGCUUAUGGCUCCGUUUGCACGUGGUGAUGACAUUCCUUAGCUUAGUCACGCGGGUCGCAGGAGAAGAUGAAAAUGCAUGUCCUCACUUUGAUUGCAGGCAGGGGAAUUUCCCUGCUGUUUCUCCACGCUAAGUCUAAAGGCUCUGGCCUUCUUACUUUUUAAAUAGAAAAAUCAUGUGAUCAUUUUCUUGUCUUUUAGCAUGAAUAAGUGGAUGUACAUGUCCAGUAUUUAUUUGUAAACACAUGCUAUUUACUUGACAUAAAAUUAUUUUUUGUUUUGUUUUUUUGUUUAAUGAACAAAUUUUCAUCUAGAAGUGCAGCCCAAACAAACCAAAUCCUUAUUGCUGUAUAUGUAGAUAUAUAUUAUACAGUAAUUAUUAUUAUUAAUAAUAAUAUUAUAGUUAUUUUAUGUUCAUGAAUUAUAGACCUGAUUUAUUAUUAUUAUUGUGUUCAUUAUUUCGAGAUUGCAAUGUUCACUUCCUUCCAGGGGUAUGCAUUGUGAUUAUUUGAUGUACAGAAAUUGUUGAUUGCUGCUGGCUCCAUAUUGUGUGUUUCUCCAUUAAACUGUUUUUAUUAAUUACGUUGGCAUAUAGAGUCAUUUUCUUUUUUGUGUUUUAGUGCAACUUGUGUAUAUUUUUAUAUUAUUCUAUGUAUACUUAUAUAUAGCAGACACGUCUGACGGACUCAGCCAAUGAUGUAAAUAAACCAUUUUAUUGAA